ACGAGAAGUUCUGCAAGAUAGCUGCGGGAAUGAAUUGCACUUCCGGGCAGCUUGCUCUGGCUUGGGUCUAGCACCAAGGCGACGACAUCGUUCCCAUCCCAGGCUCCAGAACUUCGAAUAUUCUUGGGAUCACUCUCUCCAAGGAAGGUCUGGAGAUUGAAAGAAAGAAUCAACAGCUACAUGGCGUUUUUUCCUCGCCAACUCUCGCACGUAAGAGAGUGGAUCAAAAAUGCACAUCUGGAUCUUCACUAAUAAUAAUUUGUCCUUGUAGCAAAUUAAUUUCUCUACUUCCUGGAAGGGACAAAGGAAGCGGAUACGAAACAGCCCGUGGAAUGGAGGCCUUUAUAUUCACCUCCAAUUGCGGAUGGCAAGUAGCUCGUCUUCUCCGGUUGCAUCACCCACAAGACAUUUGUCCUCUAUUUCUCUUUGAUAUUGGCUAUGGCAGUUCCAAAGGUAAAGCUGGGGUCUCAGGGCUUGGAAGUCUCAAAGCAGGGGCUUGGAUGCAUGGGAAUGUCCCAUAAAGUUUAUGGCCCUCUAAAGCCCGAGGCCGAAAUGAUCGAUCUCAUCCGCAAGGCUGUUGAUUCUGGUGUCACAUUCCUGGAUACGUCGGAUGUCUAUGGGCCACAUACCAACGAAGUUCUUGUUGGAAAGGCAAUUCAAGGCAUUCGGGACAAGGUGCAGCUCGCUACAAAGUUUGGAGUAACUAUUCCCGACAGCGGCAAGUUGAGUGGUAUGGCCAUCCGAGGGGAUCCCGCUUACGUCCGUGCCGCUUGCGAGGCCAGCUUGAAGAGGCUCCAGGUCGACUACAUUGAUCUCUACUACCAGCACCGCGUUGAUCACAGUGUUCCCAUCGAGAUCACGGUUGGAGCGAUGAAAGAGCUCGUUGAGGAAGGAAAGGUGAAAUACUUGGGACUUUCCGAAGCAUCUGCGGAAGAUAUCCGCCGCGCUCACGCCAUCCAUCCAAUCACUGCAGUCCAGCUUGAAUGGUCUCUAUGGACUCGUGACAUUGAGGAGGAAGUAGUUCCAACUUGCAGGGAGCUAGGAAUUGGAAUCGUUCCAUACAGUCCUCUAGGACGAGGAUUUUUCUCAGGGAAAACAGUGGCGGAGGAAAUUGGGGACGGAGAUUUCCGAAAGACCAUUCCAAAGUUUCAAGGAGAGAACCUGGAGCGCAACAAAGUCGUAUACGAAAAGCUUUGCAAGAUAGCUGCGAAGAAGGCGUGCACUCCGGGGCAGCUUGCUCUGGCUUGGGUCCAGCACCAAGGUGACGACGUUGUUCCCAUUCCAGGCACCACCAAGCUCCAAAACUUUGAAGAGAAUCGAGCUUCUCUUGGAGUGUUUCUCUCCAAGGAAGAUCUAGAGGGGAUUGAGAGCGUGGCGUCUCCCGGUUCUUUCCAAGGAGAAAGAGUUAGCGACACUUUUAAGACAGCUACAUGGCGUUUCUCGUCACCACCUUUGCCGCAGUAGAUUAGGCUCAGCUACAUUUCUUUCUCCCUUUCUGAGAACAGUACUGAAAACCUGUUAUAUUAAAACAAAACUUAUACGUUUAAAUCAAAA